CUCAAAAAGACCUCGACACAAGCAUAUCCAGAAAAGCUAAAAACAUAAAUCGGGAAUUAUAGAGAAAAGGGAGCAUAGAGGUUAAGCUUAUGCAAAUACGUGGAAUACCUUAAAAAGCAUUGUAUGAAGAACGAUUAACUUACCAGAUUGCCGUGCACCAAUCUGCUUUAACUUCGUGAUUUUGUUUACCAAAUGAAAGAUGCAAAUUCCUGUUUAAUCCGAAAGUCAUUUAAAUUGCUACAAUAAUACCGCCAAAAAGCAAAUUUUGAAAAGCUAUUUAUGUCUAUAUAAACGUACAUUUUCCAAUGAGGACUUUUAUAUAAGCCAAGAGACCGCAAAGCUGCUAAGUAAAAAUGGAUACAACCGCCGAACGUCAGGUGAGACUGGAAGGAGUGGAACGUAUGCUCAAGAUGUCCCAGGAGCGCAUCAAGAUAGCCAUGAUCAUUCCAAAGUUGCUGGAGAACCCCGAGAAGCUGAAGAGCGUCCUAAAGGGCACCUGCUAUGACGAGGUCCUCGAGCCCAUCGAUGACAUGAUCCGUCACCUCGGCAAGCAGAGUGGACGUUCCAAGCUGCCACACGACCACACCACCAUGCGUAUCGUGGACUUCUUCCUGGUCAACCAUAGCAUUCAUCGAUUCUUUCCGCACCUGAAGAAGAACCUGAACGAAAGGGAUCGAAAGCUGCUGGCCGCCUUCCAUUUUCUCCUGGAGAGCGCCCACGUCCAUCUGAACCGGUCCUCGCGGAGCGAGAUCACCAAGGAGCGAAAGCUGCAUGCCAUAUAUCACCAAAAUGUUGACAUCCAGAAGAAGAUCAAGGAACUGAAGGCGAGCCUGGCCUUCCAAAAGGUAAUUGGCAAGUGGAAGACGGCCGCCAAGGGCAUCUAUCUGAUGAAGGUCGAGGAGGAUCUGGCCAACAAGAAGUGGCAGAACAACGUGGCCAUCCAGAACGAAAUUGAAAAGUGCAAUCGCACGAUGCGAAGUUACCACAAGAGCAGCAUGGACAGGCAGAAGGAACUGGAGGAGGAGCUGGAAAAUGCCCGGGUCAGCUACGAGAAGAUGACCAAGAAGCACCUGGCCGAAGAGCACGAGCUGCGAAACGAAAAAAACAAGUUGCUACUGCAACUGCAGAGCAUGCUAAAGAAGUACGACACCAGUUUGGGCGAAAAGAUGCGCGAGAAUCUGGUGGCGGAGGAUCAGUAUCGGGCGGCCAAGAAGGUCCUCGACGACUUCAUGGUCCACUAUAGGCAGGAGGAGCGCAUCUACAAGAACAUAGUGGUCAAGCGGGAGGAGGAGGAGCGUCGCAUCCAGCAGGAGAAGCUGGUGAUCUUCAUGAUGAACCGGGCGGCGGCCAAGAUCCAGAAAUACUGGCGCAAGUGGAAGAAGGAUCAGCGCAAGCGGAAGCGCCAGGGAAAGGGCAAGGGCAAGAAGGGAAAGUAGUGUCCAAUAUAUAGUGUCCACUAUAUAUAUUUCUACAUUGUACAAUUUAUAUGUAGAAAUACAAAUAUAUUCCAAGCUUCUACUACUACUAAA